AUGGCGCGCCAUAGACAAGCGCUCUGCAUGCCAAGGCUGGUCCAUUCCCAUGAUUGCUUGAUUAGAGAGCUGGAAUCUGUUUUCCCCCCUUCAUCUUUUUCUUCAUCUCUAUUUCUUUUCACCUUCUUUCAUAGGGGUAAGUUUAGUUUACAUAGCUUGAGUUUUGUUCUUUACAGAGUAGUGUUGUGUCUAGCAGCAGCAAUGGCAUACUUGAAGCCAGUAAGAGGCCAGGCCCCGACCGCUUUCCCAGAGUACGCACACCAGGAAGAUGUCAAGACUCUGGCUCUCAGUCAGAAUAAUUUUACCAGGGACUUGUAUGUGCUUUUGGCCCAAAAGAAGCCGGGAAAUUUGUUCAUCUCUCCAUUUAGCAUUAUGACAGCUUUAAGUAUGACAUAUGCAGGAGCAAAAGAAAACACAGAAGAGGAAAUGCGAUCAGUGCUGCACUUGACUCAAGAAAAUGAUGCUCUUCAUAAUGCUUUCCAAGAUGUGGUAUCAGAUAUCAAGACUGAAGCUCCUGAAUAUGAACUGAGGACAGCAAACAUGGCCUAUGUGUCCAACAAACUCACUGUUUUGAGUGAGUUCGCAAAUACAUUGAAGGAGAAAUACCUCAGCUCCUCCAAGGUCGUUGACUUUGGUGAAAGUGAAGCAGUGCGCAAGGAGAUUAACGAUGUAGUAGAGAAAGAAACCAAUGCCAAGAUCAAGGACCUGAUUCCUUCAG